AUGAAGUUGGUAGAUGACCAUUGUGAUACAGUAACUGGACAGGACAUAUUUCAGAGAUUAUAUAUGUGCUUUGCUGGGGUAAAACAGGGGUUCUUAGCAGCUUGUAGGCAUGUGUUUGGAUUGGAUGGAACUUUUCUCAAAGGUUUAGCAGGGGGUGUACUAUUGACAGCAGUUGGAGUUGAUGCUAAUAAUGGAAUGUAUCCUAUAGCUUACGCAGCAACUGAGGGAGAAACCAAAGAUUCUUGGAUUUGGUUUCUAACAUUACUCAAGGAAGAUUUGAAAAUUGAAAAGGACUAUGAGUGGAUAAUAAUGAGUGAUAAGCAAAAAGGAAUAAUCCAAGCAUGUGAAACAGUUUUUUCGAAUGCAACCCACAGAUUCUGUGUUAAACAUAUGCAUAGUAACAUGUCAUCUGCUGGGUUCAAAGAGGCGGCAAUGAGGAAAGCUCCGUGGAAAGCAGCUAAGGCAACUACUCCAAUUCAAUUCAGAAGAAGAAUAGAGGCAGUUGCUGAACUUGAUGCUGAAGUAGCUAAGUGGUUGGAUGACAAAGAUCUGGCAGAGUGGAGUAGAUCACACUUCAACACUUACCCAAAGUGUGAUAUGUUGCUGAAUAACAUAUGUGAAUCCUUCAAAAGCAAGAUCUUAGAUGCUAGAGAGGAGUCAAUUGUUGCAAUGAUGGAUGAAAAGCAUGCAGUUAACAUUGAAGAGAAGACAUGCUCUUGUAGGAAAUGGGACUUGACAGGGAUACCUUGCUAUCAUGCAAUUUCAGCACUUUGGAUUGCAAUGAAAGAUCCAAUGGAGCAUAUUGAUGACUGCUACAGAGUUGAAGGUAUUGGCUCCACUGCUAAGAAGACAACCAGAAGAGCAGUGAAAAAAGCUGGAAAAGGCACUAAACGUGUAACAAAGAAAAUCCACAUGUGGCACAUAUCAGCCAACCAGUUGCUCCCAUUGCUUCUGAACCAUUUAGAAUUAGGGACGUUCAAAUUCAUCUCGGACUCCCCAGGACCAGUGAAUGUGGUGACAAAAUUGUUGCAGUUGAGGUUUUAUGGUUUUUAUGGUUUUAUGGCAGAAAUGGAGUUCAAUUGA